AUGUACGAGUUUGAAAACGGGGGACUGAUGUCAGAGACGGCUGAGGAACGUGCUAUCAGACUGUACACGGCGGCUGAGAGGAUGAAGAACGUCAGGGCCAAGGAGUCCGAGGACCAGGCGGCUCUCAGAAGGAUGCAGGAGGCCCAAAGAAUGGCCAGGCAUCGCGCUAAAAAGAAGCGCUGCCUCGACGAGAACCUCGCGAGGGAAAUUUCAAAGAUUGCUGAGCUCUCUAAGAUGCCAGACGCAGCGACAAUCGCCCAGAUGUCAGAGAUGAACAUGAACAAAAUAUCCGCAGAGCUAAAGCAGAUGAUGGAAAGGGGAAAAGUGCCUGAACACAUUGUCCAGAUGGCUCAGCUGGCCGAGUUCAGCAAGAUGACCGAGCUUAACAAAAUGUCCCAGGAUAUGGCCAAGAGAUACGAGAUGGAGAAAAUGGCCGAGUACGCGAAAACUACCGAGUAUAUGAAAAUGCAGGAGAUUGCCAAGAUGUCAGAGUUGGCCAAAAUGAACGAGAUGGUCAAGUACUCCGAGAUGGCCAAGUAUUCCAAUGAUAUUUCCAAGAUGAACGAAAUCGCGAAGAUGAACGAGAUGAUGAAAAUCUCACAGAUGGCCAAGAUAAACGAGGUCCAGCGGAUGAAUGAAAUUGCCAAGCUCAAUGAGAUGGUGAAGAUGACCGAGAUGGCCAAGUACAAUGACAUGACCAAGUACAAUGAGAUCGCCCAGAUCAACGAGAUGGCCAAGGAGUUUAAUGUCCAGUCGGCGCAGGUUCAAAAUGUACAGGCGAGUCCGUCGAGUACUAUUAAUUUUCCCUCAGUACCUGGACAAGGAAAGUACGCGCAAUUGUUGGUGAUCAUUGAGGAACUCGGUCGAGAUAUUCGCCUGUCGUACGCCGGGAGUCGCAGCGCCGCAGAGAGGCUCAAAAUGGGCAUCCAACACGCGAGGAUCCUCGUCAGAGAGUGUUUGCUGGAGACCGAGCACAAUGCCAGGCAAUGA